GGUCAAGAGAAGUAUGGGUUACUGAAUGUGACAAAAAUUACAGAAAAUGGGAAAAAAGUUCGAAAGAAUUGGAUGUCAUCAUGGGCGGUGUUACAAGGUUCAUCACUGCUGUUCACUAAAACCCAAGGAAGUGGAACUGGCUGGUCAUUUUGCCAAGGGGGCUCAAUUCCUGAGCUCUUGUUCUCGCUGCUUUCUUCUUGGAAAAAUGCUCUCAGUCGUCGACCCGCUGUCACCUAUGUAAACGCUGACCAAGUUUCAGCUAUCACUAAGUUUGGUGUCAAUCAGUCUAAGCCAGAAUUUACAGUGGAUCUCAAAGGGGCAUUGAUUGACUGGGCCUCAAAGGACAAAUCCAGCAAAAAGAAUGUUAUUGAGCUAAAAACCCGCCAAGGAACUGAGCUCUUAAUUCAAUCCGAUAAUGACAGCUUUAUUAAUGAAUGGUAUAAAGUUCUUAGCUAUACCAUCAACAACCAGGUAGUAGAGUCUGAUGAAGUAUUAGAAGAUGAUGUUCCAGAUUCCCCAGGAGUGGAAAAACAAGACAAAGAAAAAGAGAAAGAGAAUAAAGACUCUAAGAAACUGCGUUCAGUGAAAGCACCUAGCAAUAUAGAUUCCACAGAUCAGAAAAAGACCAAAACGAAGCUCAAGAAGUUUCUUACACGGCGCCCUACAUUACAAGCUGUCCGUGAAAAAGGCUACAUUAAGGAUCAAGUGUUUGGUUCCAAUCUCACCAGCUUGUGUCAAAGAGAAAACAGCACGGUGCCAAAGUUCGUGAAGCUGUGCAUUGAGCAUGUUGAGGAACAUGGAUUAGAUGUUGACGGCUUAUACCGAGUUAGUGGCAAUCUUGCAGUGAUACAGAAGCUAAGAUUUGCAGUCAAUCAUGAUGAGAAACUAGACUUGAAUGACAGUAAAUGGGAAGAUAUACAUGUCAUCACAGGAGCUCUGAAGAUGUUUUUCAGAGAAUUGCCAGAGCCGCUGUUCACUUAUAAUCACUUCAAUGACUUUGUCAAUGCAAUUAAGCAAGAGCCAAGGCAGCGUGUCCAUGCUGUUAAAGAUUUAAUCAAACAAUUGCCAAAACCAAAUCAAGACACUAUGCAGGUACUCUUUAGGCACCUGAAGAGAGUUGUAGAAAAUGGAGAAAAGAACCGAAUGACCUAUCAAAGUGUAGCAAUAGUUUUUGGUCCAACCUUAUUAAAGCCAGAGAAAGAGACUGGUAACAUAGCAGUCCACACAGUAUACCAGAAUCAGAUUGUAGAAUUAAUUCUACUGGAAUUGAAUUCCAUCUUUGGACGCUGACAUUUUUCUUGGAGUACAAACUGGAAGUGAUGGGUUGGCAGCAGUGCUCCAUCAGAAGGAAAAUCUCUCGCUGUACAUGAUGCAUGAUGUUUGUGGACCAAGCAGCAACUUGUUUUUUGCACUUUUAUGGAGGGGAGAAAGAGGAGAAAUGUUUCACCACUUUAAUGCGAAUUUAAGUCAACAUUUUGGAUUUGUUUGAAAAGUUCAAUGUAAAAAGCGAAUUGCGAAGUUUAUAGUUUGCCUUUUUUAAAGUAGCAUUGGAAAAAUGUAAUAUAGGUUCAUA